GACACGGGGGGGGGGGCUAUCAUGGAACUGACCCACGGCUGGGCAGGGGAGACGCGGUUGGGCUGAACCAUUGCGGGAAAGGGAGAACCACAGUGGGGCUAAACCUUGGCGAGGGCGGGGGGAGCCAUGAUGGAGCCCAACCGUGGCAGGAGCUGCCAUGGGGCUGUAGAGGAGCUGUGGGAGCCUCACAGUGAUGGGGACACGGGGUUGUCACCCCACAGCCACCCCAAAACCUCUCCUUAUCCUCAGGGUGUCCCCAGGCCAUCCGCUCUGCCUGCUGGAGACAGCUGGGUUGAGAUGGCGGCGAGCUGGGUGCUGAGCGCCCUGCACAUCCCGCCCGUGUCCUGGCUGCCCCUCGCGGCCUGCGUCCGCAGCAACUCCAACCGCGCCGCCAUCGGCCACCUGCACCGGCAGCUCUACGGCCGCCGCUACCCCGUGCUGCUGGUCAGCAGCGACGGCUCCACCGUGCGCCUGCGCUACAGCGAGCCCAAGAGGAUCCUCAUGCUGCCCCUGGACAGCAGCACGCUGCCCGAAGCCGAACGCAAGGCUCGUCUGCGCCGGCAGUUCCGCAGCAAGCCUAAGGCCAAGGAGGAGGAAACCUUCGAGGGCAUCGACCUGGAGACUUACAAGAAGUUCUGGAAGAAGUGAAGCGCUGACAGCAGAAAUGUAUAAAUGGAUAAAUAAAUACAUACAAACAAA